AUGCAGGUAGGAUGGCUGAGGGGGACUGGGCCUGCUGUAAUUGCUCUAAGCCCUUCUGCAUCCUGCUCUUCUUCUCGCAGGUUCAUCUAUGAACUUGAGCACUUCAAUGGUGUGGCUGAGCUGCUGGAGAUCUUAGGAAGCAUCAUCAAUGGCUUUGCACUGCCCCUGAAGACCGAGCACAAGCAGUUCCUGGUCCGGGUCCUGAUUCCCCUACACUCUGUCAAGUCACUGUCUGUUUUUCAUGCCCAGCUGGCAUACUGUGUGGUGCAGUUCCUGGAGAAGGACGCCACCUUGACAGAGCACGUGAUCCGGGGGCUGCUGAAAUACUGGCCAAAGACCUGUACACAGAAGGAGGUGAUGUUUCUGGGGGAGAUGGAAGAGAUUCUUGAUGUCAUUGAGCCCUCCCAGUUUGUGAAGAUCCAGGAGCCGCUCUUCAAGCAGGUGGCCCGCUGUGUGUCCAGCCCCCAUUUCCAGGUUGCAGAGCGGGCUCUGUAUUUCUGGAACAAUGAGUAUAUCCUGAGCCUCAUCGAGGACAACUGCCACACUGUGCUGCCUGCUGUGUUUGGGACCCUCUACCAAGUCUCUAAGGAACACUGGAAUCAAACCAUCGUAUCUCUGAUCUACAACGUGCUCAAGACGUUCAUGGAGAUGAAUGGAAAGCUGUUUGAUGAGCUCACAGCCUCCUACAAGCUAGAAAAGCAGCAGGAGCAGCAGAAGGCCCGGGAGCGUCAGGAGCUAUGGCAAGGCCUGGAGGAGCUGCGGCUACGCCGGUUACAGGGGACCCAAGGGGCCAAAGAGGCACCCCUCCAACGGCUUACACCCCAGGUGGCCACUAGUGGGGGUCAGAGCUAGAGAUCCCCUAGAAGGGGAGGAGCUAAAUCCAGAGCUAUCAGUCCCUCCAUCCCCUCUCCUACCCAGGGGCCCAGAGAGACACACCUACACCUGGCCUUGCCAGAGCAGGCUUGGAGGGCUCCCUGCCUGGCCCAGCAUGGGCAGCUUUCACUGUGGGGAGAGGAGGAGAGGAGAUGGUGGUCCUGGCAACAGAACUCUCAGGCCUUUGUGGCAGGACUUGACCAGGGCAGGCUUGACCAGGAAGCUGCCACUGGGGACUGCACCUGCCCCGCAAAGCUGGGCUCCAGACUGCAGGCCGGUUCCCCCCCCUGCUCCUGCCUAGAGCAAGGGGACUCAGCCCCUCGCCUGCCCCGCCUCGUGCCAGCACGGGGUCCUUCCUCACCCUACCAUGGGAUCCAUGGUCUAUUUAUUCUCCCCAGCUCACCCCAACACAUGCCCCUGGGGCAUCUUCUUUCCCUCCCCUCCCACACCCUGUACUUCCUUGUCCCCUUUUUAUUUAUUGGGCAGGGGGAGGGGUGAGGGCACAGGCAGAAGAGAUUCCCCGUGUCCUAGGGUGGGGGGGUGUCACAGUUACCAUGGUCUGUCCCCCUUCCCCUGGCUGGGGGUAGACUUUAAAUAAAGAGAGAAACUUGA